AUGAAAAUUAAAAAAAAAAAAAAAAGAAAAAAAAAAAGUUUUUUUUUUUUUUUUUUUUCGUUGUGUUUUUCGUUAUGUUUUUUUUUUUUUUUUUUAAACACAUUAAUGAUAAUAAAUAAUUAUAUAAUUUUAAAUAUUUUAAAUUAUUAUAUUUAUAUAAUUUCAUUUUCAAGAAAUAAAAAUGAAAAAAGUAAUAGAGAAAUAAUAAAAUUUAUAAAAGUCAUAUCACUUGUAUCAAAAAAUUGGCAUGAAUCAAUUUUGUCAAGAAUUGAUUUUUACUCUUUAAAUAAUCUAUGGUUUCAUAUUAAAGAUGAAAAUGAUAUUAAACAAUUUAAGAAAUAUAUUGAAAAAAAUAUAAAAAUUAAAUUCUCCAUAUCAACUCAAUACUAUUAUAAUGAAAACUUUAAAAAAUUAAUUUUUAAUGAAAUUAUCAACCAUCCAAACUCUAAUAAAAAUAACAAUAAUAAUAAUAAUAAUAAUAAUAAUAACAGUGAAUUAUUUUUAGACUAUACAUCAAUUCUUUAUUUUCACUUCCACAGAUAUUUAAAUAAAUUUUAUUUUAUAAAUGAUUCAUCACAAGAUAAACAAUCUACAAUUUUUCAAAAUUUAAUUGAAAAUUUUAAUAAUAACAAUUUAUUAUAUUUUAAUAAUAAUAAUAAUAAUAAUAAUAAUAAUAAUAAUAAUAAUAAUAAUAAUAAUAAUAAUAAUAAUAAUAAUAAUAAUAAUAAUAAUAAUAAUAAUGAUAAUUUAAUAAAACAAUUACAAAUUGAUAUGAUUAAAAAUUCUGAACAAUUAAAACAUGAAGAGAUAACGAAAUUAAUAAAAACAUUUAGAUUUAAAGAAAUUAAAAUUAGAUCAAAUAGUUUCAAAUCAUCAAGAGUUAAUAGUUUAAAUUAUGGUAAUAUAUUAUCACCAUUAUUAGAUAAAAAUCAAACUUUUUCAUUUAUAAAAACUAUAGAUAUUGAAACUAUGAAUUUAUAUAGAAAUAAUUUAGAUCAUAUUAUAACUCAAUUAUCAUUUAUUGAAAUUUUAAAAAUUAAAGUUAAAUAUUAUCUAUCAUCAACACUAUUAUUAUCAAGAGAUGAUGAUUUAUUAAAAUUAAAAUAUUUAAAAUCAUUAUCAUUUAAAAUUAAAUCAUUAAACAUUGACCAAUUUUCAAUUAAAGAUUUAAUUGAAUUUUUAAAUAAUCAAAAAAACAAUUUUAAAGAAUUAAAUUUAAAUUUAAAAUUUAAUAUUGAUUUAGAUCAACAACAAGAAGAAAUAGAAGAAGAAUCUUUAUUAAAACUUAAUUUAAAAGAAAAUUUAAUUUUAAAUAAUAAUUAUUUAGAAAAAUUAAAUUUAAAAUUUAAAUCAAAUCAAUUUAAUUUUAAAUUUAAAAAAAUACCACAAGUUGAUAAUAUUUCAUUUCAUUUAAUAAAUAAUUUAAUAUCAACAAAAACUAUUAAAAAUACAUCAGAUAAUGAUAAUAAUUAUAAUAAUCUUAAAUUCAUUUCAUUACCAUUUUUACAAAAAAUAUUCACAUUUAAUAAUUUAGAGAAAUUUAAAAAUUUAACAGGAUUAAAACUUUGGAAAAUUAAUGAUAAUGGAUAUAGUAAUAAAAAUUAUAAAUUGAAAAUUGAAAAUAAUUAUAUUCAAGAAACUAUUGAUUCAAUUGUAUUAAUUUUAAAUAAUUGUAAAAAUAUAACAACAUUACAAUUACACUCAAAUAUUUUAAAAUCUAAUGAUAAAGAUUAUUAUUAUUAUUAUAAUUAUGAUUGGUCAGAAUUUUUUAAUUCAAUUAAAUUUAAUUGUAAAUUAAUUAAAUUGGAAUUAAUGUGUUUAUCAAUAAUGUUAAAUUCAAUAAAUGAAAUUAUUAAUUUAUUUAAUCAUCAACUAUAUCCAACAAUUCAAUCAUUAUCACUUGGAAAAUCUUCAAAAUUUAAUGAUGAAAAUGGUAUAAGUACUUCUUUUUUAUUAAAUUAUAGUAGUGGUGGUGGUGUUGGUAAUAGUAGUAAUAGUGAUAAAUUAUCAAAUAGUGAAUUAAUAAAAUCAAUUUGUAAUAAUAAAUCAUUAACAUCAUUAAAUGUUUCAUCAUUAUUUUCAAUUGAAUCACCAAUUGAUAAUAUUGAAUUAGUUUUAAAGAUAUUAAAUUUAAAUGAUACUUUAUUACAUUUAUCAAUUUUACCACAAUUAGAACCAUUUCCAUUUCAACUUGAUGAUUUAGAAAUUGAUUUAAUUAAUGAUUCUAUAAAAAAUAAUAAUAAUUUAUUAUCAAUUCAAAUUGGUGAAAUUCAAAAUCCAAAAAUUAAAACUCUUAAUAAACUUUCAAAAUUUUCACCACCAAGUUUCUAA